AGAUGGCGAGUGUGGAGGAAAACAGUCGCAUGGUAAACGUGAAAAAAACUAGUCUUGUUUUCUGACAAGGGCUGUUCACUUGUUUUGGCGGGCUAUCAUUUAACCUAUAGACGUACUCACCCCAAGACUUAAUUAUCGUGUAACAAUGGCCAUUGGCAUGGUGGACAAUUUGAAGGGCUUUGCCCACAGCCGCCCUCCUCUGGUCAUCUUCAUGUUAUGUCUGGGAGGAUUUGCAGUUGUUCUUGUGACCUUGGCUUACUAUGUGAAGGUCAAGGAGCUUACGAACCCGGAUAUUACAGAGGACUGGAAUACAUUUCUCAAGAGUUUAGGAGAUAUGGAGUUUUGCAUAGCAGGAAACAGCACAGAAUACUUGGCCAUGACCUCUCCAGCAACAUCAACCAGUGAUGCUGGGUCAAGGUCAAAGAGGUCAGUCAGCCAAAGGGCCAAAGCCAGUAAUGUCACUUCUCCUGCCCCAGUGACCUCUGACUGGAAAGGGAACGUAUCUGUGUCGGUGCAGAUGGCGGUGGAGCUCCAGCCAACGUUUGACUUCCUGCGUAUCCCUCACAACGUUACUCACCUCUCCGCAACAGUCUUAGGCUCACAGCUAGGUUUUGCUGGUGAUCUGGCUGAUGCUGAACUUAAUGUGACCAUGGAGCUACCUUACGAGUGGAAUAAAACAUUGUGCCCACGAGGCACGCUGUGCCGUACUGUCACCAUCCUGACCUGUGUCACCAUGCAGGCUCAGGCUGGUAUAUUCCCUGUCACCAGACGGCCUGUGUGUAACACAACCCUGGACACAGGGGUGCCAGUGGAGUAUUGGGCCCAAAUGGUUGGCCGUAAAACUCAGGAUGAUCCAAACCGUGCUUACUGCGCACAGCGUCCCCUGGUGCGUUUGCAGCACGAGCUCGACCACACCCUGUCCAUCAUGCUGUCCAUGCAUGAUCGUUCUGUGAUCAACCUUCACCUGAUGCACACCAGCUAUUUCCUGUUUGUUAUGGUGAUCACUCUGUUUUGCUAUGCACUGAUAAAGGGGCGGCCCGGCGGACGGACAGUCCAGUACACAGACAAGGUGAAGGCAAGAGGUGUAAAGUUGUGAUGGUUAUCAUCAUUGCAUGGGAAUAAGAAGGUCCCGAUUCAUACGUAAGGAAAUGGCUCAUGUAGAAGAUGCUGAAAAUGGAAAGUUGUACAAAAAAACGACAGGUUGGGUUAUGGAAGACUUAGCAUGGCAGGAAGAAGCGGAAAAUGGACAUAGCUGAUAUUCUUUGGUUCAGUUUGAAACCUAAAUUAAUGUGGCUGGAUUUUUCACAGAAAACGGAUGAUCUCAAUGUUGUUUCAUGUUUAAAUUUGCUGUGGCAAUUUCAUGUUUCAGAUUUAUCAUUAACAAUUGAGGGAAAUGUUUUCACUGCCAGAAGAAUUCAUCUGGCUUGCUCAGGGCUGAUAAUUCUGGACAAAGGGAGGUAACUGGUGGAAGAAAUGACGAAAUGAUGGUGUGAAUAGGAAUAUUUGAUAUGUGAUACAGUAGUUUCUUUCUUUUUUCAUUUUUACUGACAUUUUUUUUUUUCCUUUUAUAUAUAUAUUUGGGAAACAGUUGAUGUGUACAGUGUUGAUUCAGAUUCCUAAGCUACUGGAGACCUUGUCAUGUAAGGACAGUGGUGUUUGAGUGCAUUUUGUUUAACAUUUUUUUUUUUCACAUUUGCUUUCACUGAAAUGGUAUUUUUGUGUUUAAGGAAAAGUCAAAAUGAAAACAAAAAGGAAUGUAUCAAUGUAAUCAUAAUCUUUUUUCGAACAAUUGAUGUGAAAACUCACCCUUUUUAAUGUUUUGAUUGGGCACAAAAAAUAUUCCCAACUCAUGUCUAGCUUACAUCUCUCAUUAUGUAAAAUAUUUAUAGCAUUGAAUUAAAACUAAAUUAUAAAUAGUUUAGUUGGGAUCUUGUGAAGAUGCGAGUAUAUCUUGAAUUAGUGUGCAUCUGUGCUCUUAACUAAAAUGUGAGUACCUCUGGUUUUUGGUAACUUUUCUUCCUGGUUCAUUAAGGGGGGAAUGAGAAUCGCUCACAGGUACAGGUAACAGGCAACCAUGGGAGGUGAAUCAGCUGUGACCCCGAUACGUGAAUCACCUGGGUGUCAGAUAAGUGAAUCAGUUAUUUCCCUGAUAAGUGAACCAUUUGUGUCCCACAUAAAUGAUUCACCUGUGUCUGAGAUCAGUGAAUAAGUGAAGCAGCUCUGUACCGAAAUAGUGAAUUAGCUGUCCCAGAUUAGUAAAUCAACUGUGUCCCAGGUAAGAGAAACAGCUGUGGCAUAUAUGUAGAUAAGUGAAUGAGCUGUCUCUCAGAUUAGUGAAUCAGCUAUGUCCCAGAUAAGGGAAGCAGCAGUGACAUACAUGUAGAUGAGUGAAUCAGCUGUGUCCCAGGCAAGUGAAUCAGCUGUGCCCCAGAUAAGUGAAUCAGCUGUGUCCCAGAUAAGUGAAUCAGCUGUGUCCCAGAUAAGUGAAUCAGCUGUCCCAGAUAAGUGAUUCAGGUGUGUCCAGAUCAGUGUAACACUGAUUCAUAUAUAUUUCAGAAUCACAUUACAUUUUUGUGACCUUAAAUCACUUCACAGGAUUUGAAUGAAUUGUUUGUAGGUUUGUUUGUGUGUUUUGGAUGACAACAUAGGCAAAUCAUUUCAUCACGGACAGCACCUGUGCAAGAUUUUUUGUCAUGUUUGUGUGUGAAUAUCCACGUACAUUCACUUCUACGUACAUGUACGGCUGUGUAGAUAUAGAAAAGUUAAUGGGCAUAGUUUGUACAGAAUGUAGGCUCUCGUUUCCUAGUCAGCAAUAAAUACCAAUCAGUUUUCAAAAGUUUAAGUUGGUUUCAGUAAGCCAGACAGCUGCCUUAGAAACUCCUGAAUAAUUUGCACACGUUGCAUCGCUUUUUCCUGGUUUGUGGUGUGUUUGUGUUCUUGUUUGUGCUGGAUCCACACAACUGAUAUAAUCAUUCAGUGUUUUAUCAACAUAGAUGUGUGUUGAGAGAGUAAAUAUUGGUAAGUGCUCUUCUAUGCCUGACUAGUGAAGGCAGUAUGUGCUGACACCAUGUGCCUGUCUUGUGCAUCAUGGUUGUUGCCUGAUGAGUUCAAACUUCAGCUACAGUGUUUCUCAUCAGUUGAUUGUCAGUUGAACUUGUGCCUCAGUGCACUGUAAUUUGUCAAAAUCUGAGUGCGUUUUCUAUCAUUGGCAAAUUAUGCCGAAAAUACAUAUUGACAUGACUAGACAUACUACAGAAAGCAAACGUUAGAUGCAUUAUAUUGUUUUACUGCUGUGGUGUGUUUUAGAGGCUGCUAGUUUCACAGGCUGCUUUCCAUUUGGAUAGGAACACUUCUGUUGCAAUACUGCUUUUGUGCUUGAGUAAAAGUUGUUGACUAUUGAAAUAAAGUAUUAACAUUCAUAGGUAACAGUAAAGGAGUUGCUGUGAAAUUAAAACACUUAGAUGGGCAGUAUGGACCAAUAGGUGUUUCACAGUUCAGCAUUUAUACAAAAAAAAAAAAAUCAAAUUUAAGGACAUGUACAAGUGUAGAUAUUUUGACAACUUAGAAAGUAUUUAACUGAGAGAUAAUCAGCUAAACACAUUAUUCUCACCUCACACUAAUUGUGUGUUAUCUGUUGGAUUGAAUUUUCUGCUGGUGUUACGGUACUUUCCAUGAAGAGCUGUGUAUUUGAAGUUUGUGCCACUUUUUCUUAUUGCAACACAGUUUGAAUUUAGGCAUUGCCUUGAAACAUUUUUCUGGGGUUUUUUUGUGACUAUCAGAGUUGUAUAUACAUUCCACACUCCAUAUUAUUAGGUAACCAAGUUACCAGUUUCACAAGUUAUACGCCAGUGAGGAUGGUUCGUCUUAAAUUUAAAGUCAAAUGAUCAUGCUAGGCUUCAGUAUGAAACUAUGUGUGUACUUCUGCUCAUACAUAUAUCUUGUUUGGGGACAUGUGACUUUAGGCGGUGAUAUUAAAAUAUAAGAUUCCCCUGUAAAACCUUGUUUAUAUUCCCUGUGAUUUGUAAAAUAUGAAAUACCAAAGUUUGAUGAUCACGAUUUCACUGGUUGGAUCACACAAGUAUUCGGAAAUUUUGUGUCAUAGAAUAGUGGGUCAGCAGUAGAUUUUGACAAAAAAAGCUUUUAUUCAAGCCUGCCUGUUUCACUAUUCAUAUGCCUGUGUAUAUAUGUUAUAACUACGUUGUUGUUGAACUUUUCUGUUCAUUUUUUUUUUUUUUGUGUCCAGAUUUGUUUUAUGGUUACAUCCUCACCUCUGUGUGUGAGGCUAACCAGUUCAGGAUCAUGUAAAUACCAUUGCUUGCUCAGUUUUUAAUUGUGUAAGAUACUAUUUAAUCUUCAGAAUGUGGCACAACGUGACUCCAGUUAACAAAUAAAUAAAUGUUAUGAAUGAAUGAGUAUAGAAACUCCAUGAUGUACAUGUAAAACUAAGGUCAUUAUUUAUGUUCUGUGGCUGUUGUUUUCCUUCUAACAGGGUUCCUCAUUGGUGCUUUAAAAGAAAAGACAACAAAUAUCGGAAACUGAGUUAUAUAGGAAGAAGGAAAAUGGUCACAGCGUUUUUUGGGGUUUUUUUUUGCUGAUGUGCUUAUUAACUCUGUAAAUGGACUUUUCUAUGAGGCCAUCAGAUUUGCCACGUUAUUAUUAGAGCAACAGGAUGCUUAGUGUCCCGUCGCUCAUACGACACACGAGUACACCACACACGUGUCCUUCAAAUGCAUACCAGGGUUUGUUACAUAGACAAAACAAAUAUGCAUAUUUCUCAGGCUUUCAUUUGCUUGCAAAUGAAGAUUUCCAGAAAGUGAUUCUCAGAAGUGCUUAAAUUUUAUUUAGUGCUUUUUUUUGUUUAUAUGAAAGAUCAUUUUGGUUCUGAUUGAUGCGAGUGGUCGGUCUUAUGCCAAAGAUGACUGUGGAUUGUCCAAGGAAAGUACUGUACAAGUUGUGAAUGAUGGAUCAGUUCGGAAAAAGUUUUCCUGAGAACCCUUUUUAACUGCAUGAAAGUAUUCUCUCUAGAAGUGGUGGCAGACAGAAAAUUUAAUGCAAGGAGAUCAAUGUAACACCUGACUUAAGAAGAAUAACAUGCUGGUGAAAUUUUUUUGUUCGUGAAUUUGCUGUGUUUCUCCCUCUCUCUCUAUUUAUGUUCCAGAGAAGAAAAUGCAAAUUUGUAUCAUAAGUUAAUGCUUCAAGGGGGAAAUAACUGUUCAGUUUUUAUAUGUAUCUUGUUACAGCACAUGUAAAUAAUUAUGGAUUUAAUAAAAGGGUUCACAAAG